AUGGCGGCGUCACUGCGUCCGGCUGGGAGCCGGCUCUUUCGAACGUAUGGGGUAGCCCGUGGCCAGGGGCCGCGGCGGCGGCGGCAGCCGGGCCGGGCAGUGGCGCAGUGGUUCCCGCCCGAGGAUCGGAAGCGUUUCUUCAGCAGCAGCGCCAGCAGCGACGCCAGCAGCGCCGGCCGCUCGCAGUCCGUGGCUUCCGACGACCCUGAAGACCCCGACUACCCCGGCAGCCCUGUCGGUCGACGGCGGAGGCGUCCUGGCCGCCGCGUCUCCCGGAACCGGCCGACCGCCACCCCGAGACGCCUGAGGCUGCGAGCUCGGGCCCCGCAGAAGUGCAGCACCCCCUGCGACCCGCUCCGACCGCCGCCCUGCCCCGGCCGCCUGAGCCCCGACCUCAGCAUGUGCAGCCAGCCCACGGAUGGCGACGAGCUGGCCACCAGCGCCUCCCUCUUCAGCUCCCCGGCCUCCCCAAGGGGCGCCGUCGUCUCCACCGGCCCCUCGGCAGCCCACGUCCCGGCAACACCCCUGGACCGAACGGUUCUCCCCGGCUCCCGGGAGGCAACGCCCAGAGGCAGGUUCACCAGGAUGGUCCUCCGAGCCCGUGCCAGCCUCAGGUCAGCUCUUUUUAGCCUUACGGACUCGGGAAACCCCGAGGACUCCGAGUUCGGGGUAAAUGGGGAGAAGGUCGGGGAGUCCUGCGGCACCGGAGGACGUGUGGGGAGCAGCCUGGAGGAGGGGCCGGGCUCUUGUCAGCAACUGGGGUCCCCCAAGGCUGUCCCCGGAGACUGUAGGAAAGCCAGUGGUGGCAACGACUGUGAGAGAGUGCGGCCAAGCCGGAAGAGGAGCCAUCGAGAGGCAGUGGAGAGCUCCCUCCAGUGUAAAAAAAGCCACAGGGUGGGGAAGGAGUCAGCCCUCGCCCGGGACCGGAUUCGUUUACAGAACGCCUGCUCUUGGACUAAAGUCAGGGCUUCCUUCAGUUUCCACAAGAAGAAGAUCGUGGCCGACGUGGCGGAAGUGUGCAGCGCCCACACCACUGCCAGCUCCCUCUCGGGGUCCCUCCUGUCGGACUGCUCAGACCAUCCCGGGGCGCACAGAACCAGCAGCGCGGUGUCCCCCUGGCGCUCGUCUUCCAUCUAUUUGCUAAGCCCCUUAAACUCUCUGCACGUUCCGGACAAAAAGGCGUGCGACGCUGGAAAGGUUUAUUGGGAAUGCAAUCAGGAAGGCCCUGUCCCGUUUAGCUACUGCCUCUCCAGAGAAAAACUGGAACGCUGUGAGAAGAUCGGGGAAGGGGUGUUUGGGGAAGUGUUUCAAACGCUUGCUGAUCACAACACACCCGUCGCCCUGAAGAUCAUUGCUAUCGAAGGACCCGAUUUAGUCAACGGAGCCCAUCAGAAAACCUUUGAGGAAAUCCUGCCAGAGAUUAUCAUCUCCAAAGAGUUGAGCCUCUUGUCCGAUGAGGUGUGCAACCGCACGGAGGGCUUUAUUGGACUGAACUCGGUGCACUGCGUCCAAGGGUCCUACCCUCCCUUGCUCCUCCGAGCCUGGGACCACUACCACGCAGCCAAAGGGUCCCUCAAUGACCGGCCUGACUUUUUUGAGGAAGACCAGCUCUUCAUUGUAUUGGAGUUUGAGUUUGGAGGGACUGACUUAGAGCAGAUGAAAACAAAGCUGUCCUCCCUGGCCACGGCCAAGAGCAUCCUGCACCAGAUCACGGCGUCCCUCGCCGUGGCAGAGGCGUCCCUGCACUUUGAGCACCGAGACCUGCACUGGGGGAACGUGCUGCUGAAGAAAACCGGCCUCAGGGAGCUCCAGUACACCCUCAACGGGGAGACCAGGGCCAUCCCCACCUGCGGGCUGCAGGUCAACAUCAUCGACUACACCCUGUCCCGCCUGGAGCGCGACGGCGUCGUGGUGUUCUGUGACGUGUCCAGGGACGAGGACCUGUUUUCGGGCGAGGGCGACUAUCAGUUCGAGAUCUACAGGCUCAUGAGGAAGGAGAACAACAACUGCUGGGGCGAGUAUCACCCUUACAAUAACGUGCUCUGGCUCCACUACCUCACCGACAAGAUCCUGAAACAGAUGACCUUCAGGACCAAAUGUAACACCCCCGCCAUGAAGAAAAUGAGGAAGAAGAUCCAGCACUUCCACAAGACAGUGCUGAACUUCAGCUCCGCCACCGACCUGCUCUGCGAACACAGCCUGUUUCAGUAAGCCGAGGGCUCUCCCCCAGAGGGCACUGGUUCUGGAGCCUCUGCUGCUGUUCCCCAGCUCCAUCCCCAGAGCAGGGCAGAUUGCCAUUGUCACUUGUUUUCAGACAGCUAAUCAAAGAAUUUUGUUUCCAAAUGGAAGCUGAAAAUGUUUAAACUUGCUGUUAACAAAUAUCCUUAAAAAUAAACUACAGCUGAGAACAAGUAUUUACAACGUCGACGCCCUCUUUCUAAUUGUCAGCAGUCUGUUCUGUAACUUCCUCACUGUAUGUUCAUUUUUGAACCUUGACGCUUUAUGUAACCUGGGGUGGGGGUUGUGGGGGGACACACAAAGGCCUUGUGGUGCAGCAGGCUAAGCUGCCGCUUGGGACACUCACAUCCCAAAUCAGAUUCACUCCCACCUCUGCUCUGAUUCGGCGUCCUGUUAAUGGACUUGGGAGGCCGCAGAUGGUGGCCCAAGUACUUGGGUCCCUGCCACCCAUAUGGGAGACCUAGCUGGAGUUUGCUUGCUCCUGGUUUUUUUUUUUUUGUUUGUUUGUUUUGACAGGCAGAGUGGACAGAGAGAGAGACAGAGAGAAAGGUCUUCCUUUUGCCAUUGGUUCACCCUCCAAUGGCUGCACCGCGCUGAUCCGAUGGCAGGAGCCAGGUGCUUCUCCUGGUCUCCCAUGGGGUGCAGGGCCCAGAGAGCUGGCCUGGAAGGGGGGCAACCAGGACAGAAUCCGGUGCCCAGACCGGGACUAGAACCUGGUAUGCCGGCGCCGCAAGGCGGAGGAUUAGCCUAUUGAGCCGCGGCGCCAGCUUGCUCCUGGUUUUGAUCUGGCCCAGCCCUGUUGUGGGCAUUUGGGGAGUAGACCAGCAGAUUGAUCUCUGUCUCGCCCUUUCUGUCUCUGUGCCACUUAAGUAUAUAAAAAUCUUUUAAAAAAUAAAAUCAGGAAAGGCCUGGCUUCAGCUGCCAUACCGAUCAGAGCCCACUGCCUUAGGUUUCAAGGCUGGCUUUGGGAACCCGAGUAGAGAUAUGGAGUCAAAGCAAAGAUGCUGGUGCAAAGCAGAGAUGGGGAGAGGAAAGGAAGAUAAUAGGGAUGGGGGUAGUGUAAGAAAUGUCACAUGUUUAUCCGUUUUCAAAGGCUACUCAAAAGAUUUGCAUUUUUUGCUUAUUCAUCAAGGAGAGAAAAAUGUUGCUUUAAGAUUUGAGUGGUUGAUACUCCUGAACGUGAUUUGGGUAAUUCACUCCUAAUGUUUUUCUAAAGUUCACUAAUCUUGUCUUUACUUCUUUUCUAGAACUCAGUUUUUAUUCCUUUGAGGAACCAGUCACUCCAGACAGAGAUGUGUUUGUAAUAAAGAAUCGUCAGCAAGUACCUGAGUCUUUGUCAGGGCCUUCACUGUUACAAUCUGGAGACCUUGCAAUUUGAUUGGGACACAAAUCUGCAGCUGAAAUUCGGCUCCAAAGAGAUUCUCCCCACGUAUCUGCAGAUCAAAUCAGACAGUAGACAGUCAAGGCUGGCAGGACUCUGCUGCCCGCAGCUCUGCAGGGGCGGGCCCUGAGCACUUACGUUGAAGAGGAAUUCUUUGUGGUCAGAAAGCCCCCUGCUCGUGUUCACAUACAUCACUGACGGUCUGCAAUUCAGAGGACUGGAUUAAGCCACAGGGGUGCCCUUCUCACUUUGAAUGAACUUUAACACUUCCAUGUGGAUACACUAAGACAGAUGGCACCAGGCCCUUAAGAAUCAAAGCUGAAUGUCAGAAUGUCCAGUAGGGGUGGGUGUGUGGUGCAGUGAUCAAG